AUGCGUCUCUCCUCUCUGAUCAUACCUCUCUUCGGCGGCCUUGCCGCAGCCGCGUCAUGCCCGUACGCCUCGAUGACGCGCGGGGACGACACGCCCUCGAACAUCGUUCCCCGUGGGACGCCGGUGGCCGGGAAGAAGGGCGUCAUGCUGAUGAACCGCAUUGCGCCGGCCAUCUCCGAGCUCUACGUCUCCAAUGCGGACGGAUCCAAUGCUCGAUUGCUGCUGGGGAACGCAAGCACAUUCGACUACCACGCGCAGUGGUCCCCGGAUGGCGAGUGGAUUGUCUUCACCAGUGAGCGUGCCGGCGAUGGGCAGUCGGAUCUGUAUCGUGUCCGUCCCGAUGGCACCGACUUGCAGCCCAUCUCCACCACCCCAGCUGUGGAGGAUGCCGGUGUGAUCUCACCCAAUGGCAGUCUCGUGGCCUUUGCGGGCACGCUCAACAACUACAAGAGCAACAUCUGGAUCAAGAACCUCGACACCGGAUCCCUAUGGAACGUGACCAACUCGAGCGAGGUGGCGGGCGACUAUACCCUCCCCGACGGUCACUUCCGGCCAGCCUGGUCCCCUGAUGGCGAGUGGGUGGUGUUCACCUCGGAUCGCAACACCCCCUGGCGCGGCCACAACAACAUCAGUGGCUGGGAGCACGUCCAGGAGCUGUCCAUCUACGCCAUCCACCCAAAUGGUAGCGAUUUCCAUCUUGUCGCCAACCGCACGGGUUACUGUCUGGGUUCGCCCAAGUUCUCUCCCGAUGGCAGCCGUAUCGUCUUCUAUGAGAUCCCCACCGAGCUGACGUACUAUGCACGGGUGGCCGAGCCCGCCUUCUACGAGGUCAGCACGGCCAUCGUCUCGGUCGACUUCGCCACGGGCACAAACCGCAUCGAGCACGCGUCGGCCGAGUCUGGUGGCAUCAAGCUGUUCCCUCAGUACAUCGACGACAACACCGUCGGCUACCUGGUGAAGAGUCUGCUCACUAACACCACUUACCCGGGUUCCAUCAACUAUACCGCAGCGCAAGUCCAAGGCACCGUGAGUCCGAAGUACCGCAACGCCUCACUCGUAGGCUACCACCGUUCCCCAGCCUGGUCCCCCGAUGGCAGCCAGAUGGUCUACGAGCACGUCAAGUGGGACCCGGUCCGGCCCGUGAACAAGGAGCUGUACAGCUGGGACGAUGAGUGGGAGUACCGCUUCAGCGACGUGUUCCCGCAGAUGUCCCAACAGGGCAAGGUGGCGUAUACGUCGCAGCAGACCAAGAACUCGUCGCUGGUGACCAUGAACGCAGAUGGCACCGGCACGGGCGACAUCUUCGAUGGCUCGCGGUUCCCCGCGCGAGUCAACUCCUCCAACACCAACGGCACCUUCCAGGCGUCAUGGCGCGGCGAUGGCGAGGUCCUGGCCGUGGGUCUAGGUGAUUGGUUCGAGUACCGCUACACCAACCCCGGAUGGGUGUAUCUGGUGGCCGCCAACGGCUCCUGGGCCGUCCCUCUCACCAACGGCAGCACCAACGCAGGUUUCCCGACCAUCUCGCCCGACGGCCGGUGGGUGGUCUGGCGCGAAUUCGCGUACACGGCCAGCGAGGAGGUCGCGCCGCUGGGGCUGCGACGCAUGGAUCUGACGACGGGCGAGGUGGUGGCGCUGAGCUCAGCGUGGGAUAACACGCCCAUGUUCGCGCCGGACGGAUCCAACCGGAUUGUCUUCACGCGGCGCACCAGCUGGCCUAUCUCGGGCCCGUUGGAUGAUAACUACGACGUGAUGACCAUGGCCGUGGACGGCAGUGACGUGAGGCAGUUGACGACAUUGCAGUGCAAUGACGCCCACGCCGUGUGGACGCACGAGGGCAAGAUCGCCUGGGCAUCGGGCAUGUAUGGCUUCCAGGACGAGGCCGCGAUCUAUGACAAUAACCAGCAGCCGUACCCAAUGAUUAUGCAGAUGGAGGCGGAUGGGUCGAAUAUGACGGUGCUGACCCAGAGUCGGUGGGAGGAUACUAUGCCGUUGUAUAUUCCGAAUGAUCUUUUGGUGUCGUGAGGGUUGCUGGUUGGUGGAUCUUGAUGUAAAUAUCUGUAGAGGGCGAUUAUUGAGAGGCU